GGUAGUAAGAUUUCCAACUCUAGGCAGCACUUCCCGGUGGCCUGUUUGCAAAAUGCAAAAAUCUACUGUAUAGUUGCUGUGUGUUACUCCACCUGGAGCAAACUUUUCCAUUUGAUUUCAUGCAUGCGAUGGAUUGGAGUGAAACAAAAUACUGGUGCCCAAAGAAGCUGUCUACAGCCUGAAAAAAAAGAGAAAUUUGACAUAUAAUGAAUUGUUAAAUUUUUUUUGUUUGAAUGUUAUACUAAUUGUAUAAAAUUUGACAAUGAAUGCUGGACAAGGUGACUCAACAUCUCAAUUAAAGGGAUACUGAAACCAUUUAUUUUUUCUUCACACAUCACUUGGUUUUGGCACUGCAUAAAUAUAAAAUAUGUUUUGUUAUUAUUAAUGGAAAACACUACCUCUGCAUUUGUUAUACUUAUGCAUGUUGUAGGUAUAAAGGGAAAUGCUAAGCAAACUGAUUAAAGAUCACACAAAGAAGCAUUGUCUAUUUGUACCUGCUGCUUCCCUUUUGCUUCUACUGGUAUAUGCAAAUAGCAAGCAAAUUCAGGGGGAUAUAUUUGGCCAGCUGUUUAAAAACACAAACAAAGGCAAAGCGACAGCCUAGUACCUGGGAAUGAUACAGAUAUAUCCACAUUAUAUCUAUACACCUUCAGACAUGCAUAAAGACUCCGAGGCCUACAAGCAGACCUAUAACUAUGAAACAGACAGGAACUCUCGCAUAACCAUACAAAGCCAAUGUUACACCGUCAACCAGUGCCAGAGUGACAUGGAGGACAAGAGCACAUUUGGAAAUGGCAAAAACUUGUCUCGUCUACCCCCUCUACCCCCAAGCAAACCAUUUAAGACAACACCAUUGCCAACUACAUUAUCAAACCCCAUUCUUUAUCUGAAAGAAAGUCGGGAGAUGCUGGAGAGUGUAGUUCAACAACAGAUGGAGAACCUCAGAUUAAAGGGCCCUGGAGGAUGUGAGGUGCAGGAGGUGGAGGAAGACUCUGAUGAUGAUAUUGAUGACAUAGAGGAAGACGAGUCAGACUUGUAUGAACCCCCUCCAUGUGACUUGCAAAGCAGAGAACUUCCUCCAAUCUGGACGCCCCAAGAACACCAUAGAAUGUAUUCGGAUCGCACUUUUGGGGGAUCCAUACCUCAAGUGCCACCCAAACCAGAACGUGGCCAAAAGAACCCCUGGCCACAAGGAGCAAAAUAUGAAGCUCUGUUCCCAACCAGACCUGCAGUUCUUCCAAAACGAGCUCCUCCUCUACCCCCUGCUGACCGCAGGAUGUCUCUUCCUUGCCCUGUUCUGCAUUCUGCCCCACCUGGUGCAAUGGAAGACGAGGAUGAUCCAUAUGUGACCGUACUGGAUAUGACAGAUACAAAGGCUGAAUCACAAGAUAAUAUUGGCCCAGGUUAUCCUGCCAAACACAAGGGAGGGGCAGAGAAUAUGGUACUGCUGGACAAACCCUGGUAUGCAGGAGACAUGGAACGUAGAGAGGCAGAAGGAGCUCUGCGCAGAAUUAACAAGGAUGGCUGUUUCUUGUUGCGUCAGAGUUUUGCACAAAGCAACCUGCAGCCAUAUACUCUGGCUGUGCUAUAUAAAGACCACAUCUACAACAUCCCUGUACGGUUACUGGGCCCCCGUGGAUAUUGUCUGGGCAAGGAGGGCAAGCGACAUGAGGAGACAUUUCCCAGCAUUGUUCAACUGAUUGAGAAUUACCAGCAGGAACCGCUGUACCUGAUCAACCACCAGACCAAAGGCCGGGAGUCCACCUGUCUCCUGUACCCGGCAAUGCUUUAAGCCCUGGGACCCCCCUGCUUUUACCCUGAAUUUGUGUCGUUUUCACUUUGUCAUUGGACACUGGGUGUCAGGAGUAUCAUAUACAAGGUCAUCAGCCGUAAACUACAUUUCCCAUCAUCCUCUAUCAGAUUAUUUAUAUCAAGACCUUGCAUUAGAACUACAUUUCCCAGUAUCCACAGCCAUCCAAAUGAGGAGUGUGGGGCUAUCCUAAGGUUUCCUGAGAAGGAUGGAAAACACAUGCCAAUCAAGAUAUCCUAUUCUUACAUUAUACAAUGUUUACACCCUC